UUGUUGACUGGGUAAGGAAACGGGAAGCUCAAAUGCAGGUUUCGUGCGUGAUAAGCCCGAAACUGAGGUGUCUCGAAGACAGAAAUACCUGUAUAUUUCUUACAAAGUAGGCAAGAUAACUUCUCGGGACAGACUCUAGUCAUAUAUUACUAUUCACCUUUGGUGGUUUGUCGUUAAUAGGACAAAAUGGGUUGCUGGUUUUCCAAAAAAUCGAAAAGAAAAUCACCCGAAAAAGAACCUACGACGACGGUAGAAGAGAACACGACCAGCAACAACAUUGCCCUCAGCAGCAAUGCAACUGAGGAUCCACCUAAACAAUACAGCUGGGACAAACGUGAAAAGGUUGACCCGAAGGACUUCAUGCUAACGGGGCUGAAGGACGCCACAGUGGGCCGUCUGCCAGGCAAGCUGAACGGACAGCAGUUUGUCAUCCAGGACUGUGACAACUGUAAGAUCUUCGUGUUGGACCACUCCGCCACCAUCACUAUCGACGACUGCACUAACUGCUGCAUCGUUAUGGGGCCAGUGAAGGGCAGUGUGUUCUUCAGGGACUGUAAGGACAUCAAGUGUGUGGUGGCCUGCCAGCAGUUCAGGACCAGGGACUGUAAGAAGAUGGAGGUGUUCCUGUGUUGCGCCACUCAGCCCAUCAUCGAGGCGUCCACGGGGAUGAAAUUCGGCUGCUUCCAGUACUACUACCCCGAGCUGGCCUUCCACUUCAAGGACGCAGGCCUCAGCAUCUUCAACAACAACUGGAGCAACGUCCAUGACUUCACGCCCGUCUCAGGGGAGACCAACUGGAGCCUGCUGCCUGAGGACACUGUGGUGUUGGACCAUGUUCCAGCCCCUGACCCGGAGUCAGAGUUUAAAUCAGUCCGGAUCUCAGCUGAGGCAUCCCGCAGCAUCGUACCCAUGACCAAAGGAGGCAGACGCAAGGAGAGUGACGAGUCCUGUCUGUUUGUGUUCUUCUCUGGGGAGUACACAACUGCUAACGCCCGGAAACUCAUUGAUGAGGCCUCUGGGAAAGGGUUUGUGCUGAUCCAGACUAAGGAAGUGUCCAUGCGCCCAGAGGAUGUCAGCAGAGUGUUCCAGAACAAUGCAGAGGGACUCCUGGAGUGGAUCACCAACGGCCCAGUGACAGCUCUGGAGUUGAAUGGAGACGGGGUAGUGGAGGCCUGCAAGAGCAUGGCCAGUGACAUGUUCAGUGGAACCAAGGUGUUUGUUUCAGACAACAGAAAUACUUCCUCUCGAGAUGUGGACAACUUCUUCAACUUUGCUGACAUGCAGAUGGGCUUGUGAUUGAAUCACUGUAUGACAAUCAAAACUACACCACUGAUACACUUUUGUAUGUUGACAUUUUUUAUUGGUAGUAUUAACACUGGAUAUACCGGUAGGUAGCAGAGAGGACAGGUUGAUCAACAUAGUGAAUGUCGGUAGGAGAGAGGACAGGUUGAUCAACAUAGUGAAUGUCGGUAGCAGAGAGGACAGGUUGAUCAACAUAGUGAAUGUAGGUAGCAGAGAGGACAGGUUGAUCAACAUAGUGAAUGUAGGUAGGAGAGAGGACAGGUUGAUCAACAUAGUGAAUGUCGGUAGGAGAGAGGACAGGUUAAUCAACAUAGUGAAUGUAGGUAGGAGAGAGGACAGGUUGAUCAACAUAGUGAAUGUAGGUAGCAGAGAGGACAGGUUGAUCAACAUAGUGAAUGUUGGAAGCAGAGGGGACAGGUUGAUCAACAUAGUGAAUGUUGGUAGCAGAGAGGACAGGUUAAUCAACAUAGUGAAUGUCGGUAGGAGAGAGGACAGGUUGAUCAACAUAGUGAAUGUUGGUAGCAGAGAGGACAGGUUAAUCAACAUAGUGAAUGUCGGUAGGAGAGAGGACAGGUUGAUCAACAUAGUGAAUGUUGGUAGCAGAGAGGACAGGUUGAUCAACAUAGUGAAUGUUGGUAGCAGAGAGGACAGGUUGAUCAACAUAGUGAAUGUAGGUAGGAGAGAGGACAGGUUGAUCAACAUAGUGAAUGUCGGUAGGAGAGAGGACAGGUUAAUCAACAUAGUGAAUGUAGGUAGCAGAGAGGACAGGUUGAUCAACAUAGUGAAUGUUGGAACCAGAGGGGACAGGUUGAUCAACAUAGUGAAUGUUGGUAGCAGAGAGGACAGGUUAAUCAACAUAGUGAAUGUCGGUAGGAGAGAGGACAGGUUGAUCAACAUAGUGAAUGUCGGUAGGAGAGAGGACAGGUUGAUCAACAUAGUGAAUGUAGGUAGCAGAGAGGACAGGUUAAUCAACAUAGUGAAUGUCGGUAGGAGAGAGGACAGGUCGAUCAACAUAGUGAAUGUAGGUAGUAGAGAGGACAGGUUGAUCAACAUAGUGACAAUAUAGACUACCAGUCUGUCUAUCCACCAUUCACAGUGACAAUAUAGACUACCAGUCUGUCUAUCCACAAUUCAUAGCGACAAUAUAGACUACCGGUCUGUCUAUCCACCAUUCAUAGUGACAAUAUAGACUACCAGUCUGUCUAUCCACCAUUCAUAGUGACAAUAUAGACUACUAGUCUGUCUAUCCUGGCCUCGAUCCACUAUUCAUAGUGACAAUAUAGACUACCAGUCUGUCUAUCCACAAUUCAUAGCGACAAUAUAGACUACCAGUCUGUCUAUCCACCAUUCAUAGUCACAAUCUAGACUACCAGUCUGUCUAUCCACCAUUCAUAGUAACAAUAUAGACUACCAGUCUGUCUGUCCACCAUUCAUAGUGACAAUAUAGACUACCAGUCUGUCUAUCCACAAUUCAUAGCGACAAUAUAGACUACCAGUCUGUCUAUCCACCAUUCAUAGUAACAAUAUAGACUACCAGUCUGUCUAUCCACUAUUCAUAGUAACAAUAUAGACUACCAGUCUGUCUAUCCACCAUUCAUAGUAACAAUAUAGACUACCAGUCUGUCUAUCCACUAUUCAUAGUAACAAUAUAGACUACCAGUCUGUCUAUCCACCAUUCAUAGUAACAAUCUAGACUACCAGUCUGUCUAUCCACCAUUCAUAGUGACAAUAUAGUCUACCAGGCUGUCCUCUAUCCACCAUUCAUAGUGACAAUAUAGUCUACCAGUCUGUCUAUCCACCAUUCAUAGUGAUAAUAUAGUCUACCAGUCUGUUUCCACCAUUCGUAGUAACAAUAUAGACUACCAGUCUGUCUAUCCACUAUUCAUAGUAACAAUAUAGACUACCAGUCUGUCUAUCCACCAUUCAUAGUAACAAUAUAGACUACCAGUCUGUCUAUCCACUAUUCAUAGUAACAAUAUAGACUACCAGUCUGUCUAUCCACCAUUCAUAGUAACAAUCUAGACUACCAGUCUGUCUAUCCACCAUUCAUAGUGACAAUAUAGACUACCAGUCUGUCUAUCCACAAUUCAUAGCGACAAUAUAGACUACCAGUCUGUCUAUCCACCAUUCAUAGUAACAAUAUAGACUACCAGUCUGUCUAUCCACUAUUCAUAGUAACAAUAUAGACUACCAGUCUGUCUAUCCACCAUUCAUAGUAACAAUAUAGACUACCAGUCUGUCUAUCCACUAUUCAUAGUAACAAUAUAGACUACCAGUCUGUCUAUCCACCAUUCAUAGUAACAAUCUAGACUACCAGUCUGUCUAUCCACCAUUCAUAGUGACAAUAUAGUCUACCAGGCUGUCCUCUAUCCACCAUUCAUAGUGACAAUAUAGUCUACCAGUCUGUCUAUCCACCAUUCAUAGUGAUAAUAUAGUCUACCAGUCUGUUUCCACCAUUCGUAGUAACAAUAUAGUCUACCAGUCUGUUUCCACCAUUUGUAGGAACAAUAUAGUCUACCAGUCUGUCUAUCCUGCCCUCUAUCUAUUCCUAGCAGCGGAGAGGUCAGCUGAUAGGCAGCGGAGAGGUCAGCUGAUAGGCAGCGGAGAGGUCAGCUGAUGGGCAGCGGAGAGGUCAGCUGAUGGGCAGCGGAGAGGUCAGCUGAUGGGCAGCGGAGAGGUCAGCUGAUGGGCAGCGGAGAGGUCAGCUGAUGGGCAGCGGAGAGGUCAGCUGAUGGGCAGCGGAGAGGUCAGCUGAUGGGCAGCGGAGUGGUCAGCUGAUGGGCAGCGGAGAGGUCAGCGGAGAGGUCAGCUGAUGGGCAGCGGAGAGGUCAGCUGAUAAGGAUCAGUAGUGGGUCUACUCUGGACAGUUUAUAAGGAUCAGUUGUGGGUCUACUCUGGACAGUUGAUAAGGAUCAGUAGUGGGUCUACUCUCUACAGUUGAUAAGGAUCAGUUGUGGGUCUACUCUGGACAGUUUAUAAGGAUCAGUAGUGGGUCUACUCUGGACAGUUGAUAAGGAUCAGUAGUGGGUCUACUCUCUACAGUUGAUAAGGAUCAGUUGUGGGUCUACUCUGGACAGUUGAUAAGGAUCAGUAGUGGGUCUACUCUGGACAGUCGAUAAGGAUCAGUAGUGGGUCUACUCUGGACAGUUGAUAAGGAUCAGUAGUGGGUCUACUCUGGACAGUUUAUAAGGAUCAGUACUGGGUCUACUCUCUACAGUUUAUAAGGAUCAGUAGUGGGUCUACUCUGGACAGUCGAUAAGGAUCAGUAGUGGGUCUACUCUCCACAGUUGAUAAGGAUCAGUAGUGGGUCUACUCUGGACAGUUGAUAAGGAUCAGUAGUGGGUCUACUCUGGAUAGUUUAUAAGGAUCAGUAGUGGGUCUAGUCUGGACAGUUGAUGAGGAUCAGUAGUGGGUCUACUCUGGACAGUUUAUAAGGAUCAGUAGUGUGGUCUCCUCUCCACAGUUGUUAAGGAUCAGUAUUGGGUCUACUCUGGACAGUUUGUAAGGAUCAGUAGUGGGUCUACUCUGGACAGUUUGUAAGGAUCAGUAGUGGGUCUAGUCUGGACAGUUUAUAAGGAUCAGUAGUGGGUCUACUCUGGACAGUUUAUAAGGAUCAGUAGUGGGUCUACUCUGGACAGUUUAUAAGGAUCAGUAGUGGGUCUACUCUGGACAGUUUGUAAGGAUCAGUAGUGGGUCUAGUCUGGACAGUUUAUAAGGAUCAGUAGUGGGUCUACUCUGGACAGUUUGUAAGGAUCAGUAGUGGGUCUAGUCUGGACAGUUGAUAAGGAUCAGUAGUGGGUCUACUCUCCACAGUUGAUAAGGAUCAGUAGUGGGUCUACUCUCCACAGUCGAUAAGGAUCAAUAGUGGGUCUACUCUGGACAGUCGAUAAGGAUCAGUUGUGGGUCUACUCUCCACAGUCGAUAAGGAUCAGUAGUGGGUCUACUCUGGACAGUCGAUAAGGAUCAGUAGUGGGUCUACUCUGGACAGUCGAUAAGGAUCAGUAGUGGGUCUACUCUCCACAGUCGAUAAGGAUCAGUAGUGGGUCUACUCUCCACAGUCGAUAAGGAUCAGUAGUGGGUCUACUCUCCACAGUCGAUAAGGAUCAGUAGUGGGUCUACUCUCCACAGUCGAUAAGGAUCAGUAGUGGGUCUACUCUGGACAGUUUAUAAGGAUCAGUAGUGGGUCUACUCUGGACAGUCGAUAAGGAUCAGUAGUGGGUCUACUCUCUACAGUUGAUAAGGAUCAGUUGUGGGUCUACUCUGGACAGUUGAUAAGGAUCAGUAGUGGGUCUACUCUGGACAGUUUAUAAGGAUCAGUACUGGGUCUACUCUCUACAGUUUAUAAGGAUCAGUAGUGGGUCUACUCUGGACAGUCGAUAAGGAUCAGUAGUGGGUCUACUCUCCACAGUUGAUAAGGAUCAGUAGUGGGUCUACUCUGGACAGUUGAUAAGGAUCAGUAGUGGGUCUACUCUGGAUAGUUUAUAAGGAUCAGUAGUGGGUCUAGUCUGGACAGUUGAUGAGGAUCAGUAGUGGGUCUACUCUGGACAGUUUAUAAGGAUCAGUAGUGUGGUCUCCUCUCCACAGUUGUUAAGGAUCAGUAUUGGGUCUACUCUGGACAGUUUGUAAGGAUCAGUAGUGGGUCUACUCUGGACAGUUUGUAAGGAUCAGUAGUGGGUCUAGUCUGGACAGUUUAUAAGGAUCAGUAGUGGGUCUACUCUGGACAGUUUAUAAGGAUCAGUAGUGGGUCUACUCUGGACAGUUUAUAAGGAUCAGUUGUGGGUCUACUCUGGACAGUUUGUAAGGAUCAGUAGUGGGUCUAGUCUGGACAGUUUAUAAGGAUCAGUAGUGGGUCUACUCUGGACAGUUUGUAAGGAUCAGUAGUGGGUCUAGUCUGGACAGUUGAUAAGGAUCAGUAGUGGGUCUACUCUCCACAGUUGAUAAGGAUCAAUAGUGGGUCUACUCUGGACAGUCGAUAAGGAUCAGUUGUGGGUCUACUCUCCACAGUCGAUAAGGAUCAGUAGUGGGUCUACUCUGGACAGUCGAUAAGGAUCAGUAGUGGGUCUACUCUGGACAGUCGAUAAGGAUCAGUAGUGGGUCUACUCUCCACAGUCGAUAAGGAUCAGUAGUGGGUCUACUCUCCACAGUCGAUAAGGAUCAGUAGUGGGUCUACUCUCCACAGUCGAUAAGGAUUAGUAGUGGGUCUACUCUCCACAGUCGAUAAGGAUCAGUAGUGGGUCUACUCUGGACAGUUUAUAAGGAUCAGUAGUGGGUCUACUCUGGACAGUCGAUAAGGAUCAGUAGUGGGUCUAAUCUGGACAGUCGAUAAGGAUCAGUAGUGGGUCUACUCUGGACAGUUUAUAAGGAUCAGUAGUGGGUCUACUCUGGACAGUCGAUAAGGAUCAGUAGUGGGUCUAGUCUGGACAGUUGAUAAGGAUCAGUAGUGGGUCUAAUCUGGACAGUCGAUAAGGAUCAGUAGUGGGUCUAGUCUGGACAGUUUAUAAGGAUCAGUAGUGGGUCUACUCUGGACAGUCGAUAAGGAUCAGUAGUGGGUCUAAUCUGGACAGUCGAUAAGGAUCAGUAGUGGGUCUACUCUGGACAGUUUAUAAGGAUCAGUAGUGGGUCUACUCUGGACAGUCGAUAAGGAUCAGUAGUGGGUCUACUCUCCACAGUCGAUAAGGAUCAGUAGUGGGUCUACUCUGGACAGUUUAUAAGGAUCAGUAGUGGGUCUACUCUGGACAGUUUAUAAGGAUCAGUAGUGGGUCUACUCUGGACAGUCGAUAAGGAUUAGUAGUGGGUCUACUCUCCACAGUCUAUAAGGAUCAGUAGUGGGUCUACUCUCCACAGUCUAUAAGGAUCAGUAGUGGGUCUACUCUCCACAGUCGAUAAGGAUCAGUAGUGGGUCUACUCUGGACAGUCGAUAAGGAUCAGUAGUGGGUCUACUCUCCACAGUCGAUAAGGAUCAGUAGUGGGUCUACUCUCCACAGUCGAUAAGGAUCAGUAGUGGGUCUACUCUGGACAGUCGAUAAGGAUCAGUAGUGGGUCUACUCUGGACAGUCGAUAAGGAUCAGUAGUGGGUCUACUCUGGACAGUUUAUAAGGAUCAGUAGUGUGUCUACUCUGGACAGUUUAUAAGGAUCAGUAGUGGGUCUACUCUGGACAGUCGAUAAGGAUCAGUAGUGAGUCUACUCUGGACAGUUUAUAAGGAUCAGUAGUGGGUCUACUCUCCACAGUCGAUAAGGAUCAGUAGUGGGUCUACUCUCCACAGUCGAUAAGGAUCAGUAGUGGGUCUACUCUCCACAGUCGAUAAGGAUCAGCAGUGGGUCUACUCUGGACAGUUUAUAAGGAUCAGUAGUGGGUCUACUCUGGUCAGUCGAUAAGGAUCAGUAGUGGGUCUACUCUCCACAGUUGAUAAGGAUCAGUAGUGGGUCUACUCUGGACAGUUUAUAAGGAUCAGUAGUGGGUCUACUCUGGACAGUUUAUAAGGAUCAGUAGUGGGUCUACUCUGGACAGUCGAUAAGGAUUAGUAGUGGGUCUACUCUCCACAGUCGAUAAGGAUCAGUAGUGGGUCUACUCUCCACAGUCGAUAAGGAUCAGUAGUGGGUCUACUCUCCACAGUUGAUAAGGAUCAGUAGUGGGUCUACUCUGGACAGUCGAUAAGGAUCAGUAGUGGGUCUACUCUCCACAGUCGAUAAGGAUCAGUAGUGGGUCUACUCUGGACAGUUUAUAAGGAUCAGUAGUGGGUCUACUCUGGACAGUUUAUAAGGAUCAGUAGUGGGUCUACUCUGGACAGUCGAUAAGGAUCAGUAGUGGGUCUACUCUGGACAGUUUAUAAGGAUCAGUAGUGGGUCUACUCUGGACAGUCGAUAAGGAUCAGUAGUGGGUCUACUCUCCACAGUCGAUAAGGAUCAGUAGUGGGUCUACUCUCCACAGUCGAUAAGGAUCAGUAGUGGGUCUACUCUCCACAGUUGAUAAGGAUCAGUAGUGGGUCUACUCUGGACAGUCGAUAAGGAUCAGUAGUGGGUCUACUCUCUACAGUUUAUAAGGAUCAGUAGUGGGUCUACUCUGGACAGUCGAUAAGGAUCAGUAGUGGGUCUACUCUCCACAGUUGAUAAGGAUCAGUAGUGGGUCUACUCUGGACAGUUUAUAAGGAUCAGUAGUGGGUCUACUCUGGACAGUUGAUAAGGAUCAGUAGUGGGUCUAGUCUGGACAGUCGAUAAGGAUCAGUAGUGGGUCUACUCUGGACAGUUUAUAAGGAUCAGUAGUGGGUCUACUCUGGACAGUUUAUAGAAAGGCAUAGUACAUGACCGCCUGGAUGGAUUUUUACCUGUGGUGGAGAGUAGACAGGCAGUGACAGUCUCGUCCAUGGUGGUCAGGCAGGGAGAGUCGUCCAUGGUGGACAGGCAGGGAGAGUCGUCCAUGGUGGACAGGCAGGGAGAGUCGUCCAUGGUGGACAGGCAGGGAGUCUCGUCCAUGGGGGACAGGCAGGGAGAGUCUCGUCCAUGGGGGACAGGCAGGGAGAGUCUCGUCCAUGGGGGACAGGCAGGGAGUCUCGUCCAUGGGGGACAGGCAGGGAGAGUCUCGUCCAUGGGGGACAGGCAGGGAGAGUCUCGUCCAUGGGGGACAGGCAGGGAGAGUCGUCCAUGGGGGACAGGCAGGGAGAGUCGUCCAUGGGGGACAGGCAGGGAGAGUCGUCCAUGGGGGACAGGCAGGGAGAGUCUCGUCCAUGGUGGACAGACAGGGAGAGUCUCGUCCAUGGUGGUCAGGCAGGGAGAGUCUCGUCCAUGGGGGACAGGCAGGGAGAGUCUCGUCCAUGGGGGACAGGCAGGGAGAGUCUCGUCCAUGGGGGACAGGCAGGGAGAGUCUCGUCCAUGGGGGACAGGCAGGGAGAGUCUCGUCCAUGGGGGACAGGCAGGGAGAGUCUCGUCCAUGGGGGACAGGCAGGGAGAGUCGUCCAUGGGGGACAGGCAGGGAGAGUCGUCCAUGGGGGACAGGCAGGGAGAGUCUCGUCCAUGGGGGACAGGCAGGGAGAGUCUCGUCCAUGGGGGACAGGCAGGGAGAGUCGUCCAUGGGGGACAGGCAGGGAGAGUCUCGUCCAUGGGGGACAGGCAGGGAGAGUCUCGUCCAUGGGGGACAGGCAGGGAGAGUCGUCCAUGGGGGACAGGCAGGGAGAGUCGUCCAUGGGGGACAGGCAGGGAGAGUCGUCCAUGGGGGACAGGCAGGGAGAGUCUCGUCCAUGGGGGACAGGCAGGGAGAGUCUCGUCCAUGGGGGACAGGCAGGGAGAGUCGUCCAUGGUGGUCAGGCAGGGAGAGUCUCGUCCAUGGGGGACAGGCAGGGAGAGUCGUCCAUGGUGGUCAGGCAGGGAGAGUCGUCCAUGGGGGACAGGCGGGGAGAGUCGCCCAUGGUGGUCAGCAAACCCUCAACCUUCUGGCCUGUUGGCCCUGCGUAGCAUCAGCUGUGUCACGAAGUUGUAAAGACGAUAUGUCCACGCUUAUAAACACAGGGUUGCUACAGUUUAUUUAUGGUAGUAAUCAUCAUUGUUGUACAUUUUAGAAGGGGAGGGGGGGGGGGAGUUGGUCCAUCCAGCUAUGUGACAUUGUUUGGUAUGUUUCAUGUGUUUUCUCUUCACAUAUUUAUUAGGGUGUAGAGUAGUAGAGCAGCAAGUCAGCUGGACUUCCUUUGUGGUUACCUGGGUUGUUUCCAGACAUGUUGUCAAGGUGAUACAGGUGUAAAUAGCUGUCUGGACAUUGAUCUGAUUAAUGAGUACCAGAGUGUAUUCACUAGGAAAUAAACUGAAGCAAACAGGGCAUAACGGGGUUGUAUCCACCUGAAUAUGUCAAAUAGAAAUGAGUUUGCACUAAUGAAUAUACCCCAUGAUUCAGGUUGUAUUUGUAACACUGGUUACACCACUGUAAUAUGUUUGCACAAAUGAAUACAUCCCAUGCCACAUGAUUCAGGUAACACUUUGGUUACACCACUGUAAUAUGUUUGCACAAAUGAAUACAUCCCAUGCCACAUGAUUCAGUAACACUUUGGUUACACCACUGUAAUAUGUUUGCACAAAUGAAUACAUCCCAUGCCACAUGAUUCAGUAACACUUUGGUUACACCACUGUGAUAUGUUUGCACAAAUGAAUACAUACCAUGCCACAUGAUUCAGUAACACUUUGGUUACACCACUGUAAUAUGUUUGCACAAAUGAAUACAUCCCAUGCCACAUGAUUCAGUAACACUUUGGUUACACCACUGUGAUAUGUUUGGGGAAAGGAUGAGGCUUUUUAUAAGUCUCAAUUCUUAUUUUGUAUUUUUGUUUUCUGCUCUCAAGUUGUGAAUUUUUUUUUUAUUGAAAGCCAACCAGAAUGUGCACAAAUCAGCUUUCAAGACUACACACAAUGUUAACUAAAUAGAUCUAAGGAUUUGGAAUGUAUUGCAGAGAGGAAGAGGUGGUAAUGUUGUUUUCUAUGGGACCAGACAGGAAGAUGGUAAUGUUGUUUUUUAUUUUACCUUUAUUUAACUAGGCAAGUCAGUUAAGAACAAAUUCUUAUUUUCAAUGACAGCCUGGGAACAGUGGGUUAACUGCCUGUUCAGGGGAAGAACGACAGAUUUGUACCUUGUCAGCUCAGGGGUUUGAACUCGCAACCUUCCGGUUACUAGGCCAACACUCUAACCACUAGGCUACCCUGCCGCCCCACAAGGGACCAGACAGGAAGAGAUGGUAAUGUUGUUUUCUAUGUGACCAGACAGGAAGAGAUGGUAAUGUUGUUUUCUAUGGGACCAGGCAGGAAGAGAUGGUAAUGUUGUUUUCUAUGGGACCAGGCAGGAAGAGAUGUAGGUGGUAAUGUUGUUUUCUAUGGGACCAGGCAGGAAGAGAUGUAGAUGGUAAUGUUGUUUUCUAUGGGACCAGACAGGAAGAGAUGUAGGUGGUAAUGUUGUUUUCUAUGGGACCAGACAGGAAGAGAUGUAGGUGGUAAUGUUGUUUUCUAUGGGACCAGACAGGAAGAGAUGUAGGUGGUAAUGUUGUUUUCUAUGGGACCAGACAGGAAGAGAUGUAGAUGGUAAUGUUGUUUUCUAUGGGACCAGACAGGAAGAGAUGUAGAUGGUAAUGUUGUUUUCUAUGGGACCAGACAGGAAGAGAUGUAGAUGGUAAUGUUGUUUUCUUCUGUGAUGAAAUGUAAAGUACCUUUGGAAAGUAUUCAGACCCCUUGACCUUUUCCACAUUUUGUUACGUAACAACCUUAUUCUAAAAUGUAUUUAAAAAAAUUGUUUCCUCAAUCACAAUACCUCAUAAUGACAAAGAAAAAAACAGGUUUUUAGACAUUUUUGCUAAUUUAUUCAAAAUAAACUGAAAUAUCAUAUUUACAUAAGUAUUCAGACCCUUUACUCAGCACUUUGUUGAAGCACCUUUAGCAGCGAUUACAGCCUCCAGUCUUCAUGGGUAUGAAGAUAACUUGGCGCACCUGUAUUUGGGGAGUUUCUCCCAUUCUUCUCUGCAGAUCCAAGCUCUGUCAGGUUCGAUGUGGAGCGUCUCAGCACAGCUAUUUUCAGGUCUCCAGAGAUGUUAUAUCGGGUUGGUGCCAGAUUUCCUCCAGACAUGAUGCUCGGCAUUCAGGCCAAAGAAUUCAAUCUUGGUUUCAUCAGACCAGAGAAUAUAGUUUCUCAUGGUCAGAGUCCUUUCGGUGCAUUUUGGUAAACUCUAAUGUAAAUAUAAAUAAGGUAUUUCUGUUUUGUAUUUGUUUUUACAUUUGCCCAAAAUGUAAAAAAACAAAACAGUUUUUGCUUUGUCAUUAUGGGGUAUUGUGUGUAGAUUGCUGAGGAUUUUUAUUUAUUUAAUCAAUUUUAGAAUAAGGCUGUAACAUAACAAAAUGUGGAAAAAGUCAAGGGGUCUGAAUACAUUCCAAAGGCACUGUGUACUUCCUAAAUGGCACCCUGUUAUAGUACACUACUUUUGACCAGGGUAGUGCACUAUAAAAGGACUAGGGUGCCAUUUGGGAUAGACAAUAUACUGUAAUAUUUGUUGAAGGAAUGAUAUGAUUGGACUUUGUAAAAAUGCUUCCUUUUUGCAUCUGCUUAUUUUGUAGAAUCAACAUGUCUAUUAUAUUUGUCAAAAGAUCA